CUCGAACUUCUGCAGGGAGAAUCACCGCGGCUGGUGAGUCACUACAACACUAUCGGCCUGUUGGUGAUCACACGGCUUGGGUCUUGACGACCAUGACGGUAGACACUCCGGUGAACGGCACCCACGAGGCCAUUAAGGCUGGCCUGGGGCUGGACCACAGGGCAAUGCUUUCGAAGAGCGCGAUUGCACGCCCGCCGUCGGCUAUCCGGUCGCUUUUCCCACAGGAGCUGAUCCCCGGCAUGCUAUCGCUGCUUGCGGGCAAGCCCAAUGCGAGCACGUUUCCGUUCGAAUCGAUUUCACUGGGUCUCAAGAACGGAGACAAGAUCGACAUUACGGGCAGCGAUCUUGAUGAUGCGCUCCAGUACAGCGCCACGGCUGGUCUGCCUCGCUUCAUCGAAUGGCUGGUCCAGUGGCAGCACAAGAUCCACGGCAGGGACAUUGUCAGGAAGGGUGAUCAGGUCAAGGACGGAAAGAACUCCUGGCGUGUCACCGUAGGAGCAGGCAGUCAGGACCUGCUGACAAAGACCUUCCACGCUCUGCUCAACCCGGGGGAGACGUGCCUUGCUGAGCGGCCCGCAUAUUCUGGCAUUCUCCCGCCGCUGCAAACGAUGGGCAUCAACAUCAUUGCUGUGGAGGGAGACCGCGAGGGUAUGUCGCCCGUCUCGCUUGAAGACAUUCUCGCCAACUGGCACACAAAUGUCUCAACGAGAGAUUUGCCGUUCCCCAAGUUCGUCUAUACUACGCCGACUGGCGCCAAUCCGACGGGCACUACGGCAUCGGAGCAGCGCAAGAAGGAGAACCUCGACAUUGCUCGGCGCUAUGGCAUCUUGAUCCUCGAAGACGAUCCAUACAUGUUCAUCAGCUUCCAAGGAUUGGGCGAAGGCACACCCGAAACGAGGAGGCGCGUUCGCACCUAUUGGAGCUUGGAGCAGGAUGAUGCCGAGCGCUACGGCGGCACGGGGUGGGUUCUCCGCUUCGAUAGCUUUUCCAAAGUCCUUUCGGCCGGCAUCAGAGUUGGCUUUCUCUCGGGCCCAAACACCAUCCUCGAUGCCAUUGAUCUCGACACAUCGUCGGCCAAUCUGCAGCCAAAUGGCGCGGCGCAGGCCAUGGUGCUCGCCUUGCUUGAGCGAUGGGGUAUUGACGGCUUCCUUCGGCACUGCGACACCGUGGCCGAGUUCUACCAGAACCGUCGCAACAACUUUGAGCAGAAAGCCCAAAAGGUGCUCGGCACAAACAACGGCAAGCAAAAGGCAGUCGCUGAAUGGAUCACACCCGUUGCCGGCAUGUUCCUUUGGUUCAAACUCAAGCUUCCGCCCACCGAUGAAGGCGUCGAAGAGGGCGAUUCGUUCAGCCUCAUUGGCGAAAAGGCUUUAAAAAACCUUGUGUUGGCUGUGCCCGGCGUGGCGUUUAUGCCAGACUCAAAGACAACGUGCUACGUGCGAACCAGCUUCAGUCUGAUUCCUGAGGAAGACGUCGAAGAGGCCUUUCAGAGGCUUCGAAAAACCGUCAUUGAGGCCUGGCAGGAGAGUGGCCAUGCGAUGCCGUAGGGCCAUACACUCGCCUCUGCCACAACUCGAUCUCUUGACUCUGUCACAUAGAAGUGUUCACCUCAAAUUGCAUCAUGACAAUGUGUCUGUGGAUUGUGGCGAGGGAGGACUCGAAGAUGCCGAGCAAAACCGAUGCCCGAAUGGUGUCACCCAUCGGUGCGGACGGCCACCGUGGUAGUGAGCAGGCCUGC